AUGACGAUGGCAACCGGCAAACGGAGGGCUUAUUUCCUUCCUGGGUCUGGGCCCCGCGGACGGACUACCAACCGCACCAGGUCGGCCAAUGUUGAUUUUACCUCAAAGCCGUGUGUGUUGUUUCAUGUUUUGUACAGUAUUAUGCACAAUCCGUCACGUGGUAGCCGUUCGUGCAAGAUGGCCGUUUCGUCCGAUACGAAGAGUGGUGGCGUAGCGGUUAGCUGUCCACCAUCUGGCCCGGUACCAAGUGCGGCCGUAACAAGUGCAUCCGCCACGACGACCACAGCGUCGGCAGCUCCGAUGGUUUCGAUACCGUUGGAGCCUGCCGCCUCAGCACCGCCCAAUGAAACGACCGGUGUUGCUGUAAAGAUGGAAACGUCUAACGAGCCCAAGGAUCAGGAGCAGGCGCCUAGUUCGGAGGUGACUUCCAGCGUGCAUCAAACAGUUUCUCAUCAGCCGGUGAGCGUUUCGCAAGCGUCACACACCCUGUCCGACGUACCGGUGGGCGAAAUGAUCGUGAACUCGGAGCUGCAUGCGGUUGCGGAGCGAAGCUCGCCCGGUCAACAGACGGCGGUAAUCAUCAACCAGCAUAAACAGCGAAUGAUCACUACCACGGGUCAAAUAAGGGAGAUUGCGGAAGGACAGGAACCACCGAACGAGUCGUCGGAUUACGAUACAGUGGAGUAUCAUCAAUCGGUUCAAGCGGCUGGCGGUGUAGAGCAGCAUACGUACAGCUAUGAAACCGGCCACGCCACUAGUCAGGAACAGGGCGUAGUGGUCAGUGCCGCAUCUACCGCCUCGGUCCCAAGCGUGCAGAUCGUAAAGCGGGAAAUGAUCGACAAGGAGGUGGCACUCGCCGCUGCAGCGGCAGCAAACAACCCACCAGAAACCACUAUUAUACCCGUCCAAACGCAGACCAUCUUUGUGGAGUACAAGAACGAAGGCGAGGAACCGGUGCGAUACGUGAACCGCUACGAGGACGUCAAGUAUCAUCCGCAUCCGCGAUACAUCUAUCAGCAGCCACCCGGUGGAUUGUCGCUCCCAUCGACGCUGCACUCGGGCUCGGGACAUCCGCACGUAUCGCAUCAUCCGCAUCCGCAGCAUCACCACCAUCAUCAUGCGCAUCACGGACAUAGUAUGGUUCCGCCGGGACAUCAAACUCACCACCACGUACACCCACAGUCGGCACAGGUACAGCAGACGCUAGAAGCGGUUCCUCAACAUCCGUCAAGCGUUGCGGUGGCAUCCCAGUCCGGCACAACGAUUCAGGUGCAAGCGCAAUCGCACCAUCAAACGAUACAGGUGUACGAGACUCACGAAGGAUCUGGUCCGGGUGGUGAGGUGCAACAGGUUGCCGAAGGUACCGUCGAUGCUAAAACGCACUACACCAACCUGGAACCAGUGCAUACCCUCGCGUCACCACAGAACUAUUACAUUGCGUCCGAUGGCUACACGACCGGAAACUAUACCACGUUCCUGCCGCAGAAGGAAACUAUCUACUACCAUUCGCCGAGCCCGAAUCCGGUUCUGUACAAAGGAGACCCGACGCUUACCUCAUCGUCAAUCAUUACCAAGCAGAUCCACUACCCUGCGCCUAUUCCGAACUCGCAGAACAUGUACGAAAAUGCUACCGGACAUAGCAGCAGUUCACCCGGUGCUCAACAGAUUUACCCUGGCUAUUGGAAUGGUACAGGAGUUGACUACAAUACUAACUUUACAGGCACAAUCGUGAUGGAUAAUGCGGGCGGAAAUGUUGGGGAGUAUGCGACAAACGGGCAGCACAGUUGGCAGAUUAGCUCGCUGAAUGAAGCAUACGAUCCACAGCUGGCCGCUCCACCGGAACACCGUGAGUGUGUGAACUGUGGCAGCUCCGAUACACCACUCUGGCGGCGAGACAUCGUCGGCCAUACGCUGUGCAAUGCGUGUGCACUGUACACGAGACAGAAUCCGGGCACAAAUCGUCCACCAAAUCGAUCGCAGAAAGCCAAACAAGCAGUGAAAACUCCUCCAGCUCAGGGUAACCGCCGUUCCGGUGUAACGUGCGCAAACUGUCAGACCACGACGACAACAUUAUGGCGUCGGAACAAUCAGGGCGAUCCGGUGUGCAAUGCGUGCGGUUUGUACUAUAAACUGCACAGUGUAAACCGUCCGCUUACGAUGAAGAAGGACGGCAUCCAAACGCGCAAGCGUAAACCAAAAUCUAGUCAGCAGAUACAGCCUAUGAACGGUCUUAAUACAGGGAAACUGCUACCAUCGAUGAUACCGUCCCAGUAUCAUUCGAUCUCCGAACCAAAGCUGCUGAACGCCAGCCAGUCGCACCUAUCGACGUCACAGCCGAUGGAGCUCCACAAUUCACCCGGCCACGACCCACGGUUCGUGGACAGUUCACCAGGUGCACCGGGUGGUGGGGGAAAUUCGUCACCUCAUCUUGCACCCGUUCCUAACAAUCUUACACGCCACAUACCACUAUCUGUACCUUCGAUGGAUGGGAAUCGGGGAGCGAAUGGAGAAAUUACCAGCGUCAUCACCAGCACUGCGGUGGCGGAGCGUUCUGGUAAUUAA